AUGACAAGUUUACGAUCAAAGUCAUCUUAUCAUCAUCCACAACAACAACAACAACAACAACAAGCUAUUCCCUCUUAUCGAAAACGAAAAGAUCGUGUUAAACAACGUGCGCCCGAAUAUAUCGCUGGUGGUUUAGCCUCGGCAACCAAUAUUCUUCUUACAUAUCCUCCUAACAAGUUAAUAUUUCGUCAACAAAUUUAUGGUUUAACAUCUCAUGAUGCAUAUCGACAAUUGAAACGAGAAGGUUUCAUUACGUUAUACAGAGGUUUAUCGUUACCAUUGAUUCAAAAGACGAUAACGUUGGGAAUUAUGUUUGGCACCAAUCAUCAUUAUUUAAAUAUUCUUCAAACUACGUCAGGCAAAAAGUGUUGGUAUCAUCAACCGAUUGCAAGUGUGUUGGCAGGUUUUACUGAAGCCAUUUUAUGUCCACUCGAACGUACACAAGUCUUACUACAGACACCAAAAUAUCACACAAUACUUUCGUCAGCCACUCAUGCGUUCUCCGAAAUUUAUAAAGUUUAUGGUAUCCAAGAAUGUUAUCGUGGAUUUUGUUUAAUUGUAUUACGGAAUAGUACAAGUAAUGCGGUCUUUUUUGCUUGUCGAACACCACUAAAAAACAGAUUACCCAAAACUAAUUCAAAAUUAAAAAAUUCAUUGUAUGAUUUUAUUAGUGGUGGACUACUAGGUGCUUUAUUGAGUACUUUGACUUAUCCAAUUAAUCUUAUCAAAAAUAAUAUUCAGUCCGAAUUAGGUGGGAGAAAAAUUUAUGCAUAUCAAAUGUUACGUUCUGUAUACGAUGCUAGAGGACAAUCGAUUAAAGAAUUUUAUAGAGGAGCUAAAUGGAACUUUGUUAGGUCAUUGAUUAGUUGGGGUAUCAUAAAUACUUCUUAUGAAUUGUAUAUAUCAAUAGUUAAAUCGGCGUUGAUUAUAGAAGAAUAA